AUGUUCAUAUUCGGCGGGAGGUCUGGUAGUAAUAGUAAUGAUGGGACAUUUUAUGUUCUUAGUCGAUUACAGUUGCUCACAGAUAUAUGGCAAUGGUCUGAACUGACCAGUUUUGGGGACUUGCCUUCUUCAAGGGAUUUUGCAGCUGCUUCAGCUGUUGGGAACAGUAAAAUCUUGAUGUACGGCGGUUGGGAUGGUAAAAAGUGGCUGUCAGAUGUUUAUGUCCUUGAUACAAUUUCACUUGAGUGGACAGAGUUGUCAGUUACGGGGACAAUACCUCCACCAAGAUGUGGCCAUUCUGUUACAAUGAUUGAGAAGCGUUUGCUCAUGUAUGGUGGUAGAGGUGGUGGGGGACCAAUCAUGGGUGAUCUGUGGGCUUUAAAGGGACUUGUAAAAGAAGACAAUGAAACACCAGGAUGGACUCAGCUGAAGCUUCCAGGUCAGGCUCCUUCACCCCGUUGUGGACACACCAUUGCUUCAGGAGGGCCCUAUCUUUUGUUAUUUGGAGGGCACGGAACUGGUGGUUGGCUGAGCCGUUAUGACAUAUACUAUAACGACUGUGUUGUUCUAGACAGAGUGUCUGUGCAGUGGAAACUAUUGCCUACCAGAAAUGACCCCCCAGCUGCUCGAGCAUACCAUUCCAUGAACUCUGUUGGUUCACGGUAUUUAUUAUUUGGUGGCUUUGAUGGAAAAUCAACUUAUGGUGAUCUUUGGUGGCUUGUACCCGAAGAUGAUCCAAUUGCUAAGAGGUUUACCGAAAAGUCUUCAUCUGAAAUUGUUGCUGAGGGGAACAGCACAACAUCAGAGACAAAGGAAGGCCUAAGAGAAGGAUCUUCCCUGUCUGAGUUGCAGAAAAAACUGGGAAUUCCACACAUAAUUUCCAGUCCUGAGCUUGUCAUUGACGAAUCGGAAGACAGACAACUCAUCGAACUAGCCUCAAGAGUUGUUGAUGCAGUGGAGUUCACCAGCAUGCAGGCUGUGCAAGCAGUCCGUGACCACUGGAUGAAAUCUGCACCACAAACCAUAACACUGAAAGAGCUUGGCCCAUUACUUCAUGACUAUCAACGUUUGAUUACCCGCCAUUAUAUAGGAAAGGCUGGAUCUAAUCUGGAGGUUUUAGCAUUUGGGUUUUCCGAAAAACGUGUUUUUCGCUUCUAUCAUGUUAAAAGUGCUUCUAAGCUGCGAUUGAGUGACAUCUCGAAUCUUUUGGCCGAGUACAAAGACCUUCUCUCAUCUACAUGUGCCGAUGGGGCACUGAAGAUGUAUGAAGCUCAAUAA